AUGGCUCAACUAAAUUUCGACGCUCUCGUUGUCGGCGCUGGCUUUGGGGGUAUCUACGCGUGCAAAAAGCUCGUUGAUCAGAAUCUCUCUGUCAAAGUCAUCGAUACGGCUGGUGAUGUUGGAGGAACCUGGUAUUGGAAUCGCUAUCCGGGCGCGUUAUCCGAUACGUACUCUGUUGUCUAUCGAUUUUCCUGGGAUCUAGAGGAUCUUCGCAAAUAUCCCUGGAAGAGAAAUUAUGUGCGACAGCCAGAGGUUCUCGCGUACCUGCAACAUGUUGUCGAGCGUCACGAUCUUCGACGACACAUGCAGUUCAACACCAAGAUGACGGCUGCAGACUGGGAUGAGGAUUCCCAGAUGUGGACUAUCCACACGACCCAGGGCACAUGGACGGCACGAUAUCUCAUUACCGCGAUGGGGUUGCUGAACACGCGCAACUACCCCAACAUUCCCGGUCUUGAUAGUUUCAAGGGAGAUCUCCUUCACACGUCAGCCUGGCCAGAACCGUACAGUCUAGAGGGAAAACGUGUCGGAGUUAUUGGAAAUGGCUCGACUGGUGUCCAAAUUAUCAGUGCCGUGGCCGAUCACGUCGACCGAUUAGUCUCGUUCCAGCGAACGCCUCAAUAUGUCGUGCCCUCUGGUGAGCGUGAAAUUUCAGCAGAAGAAAGACAAGCGAUCAAUGAUCGAUACGAGAAGGUGUGGAAGGAAAUGAAAGACACCACCUGGUGCCUCGGGGCCAGAGAAACGACCAUACCAACGAUGAGCGUUGAUGCAGAAGAGCGCGAGAGAAUAUUCGAAGAAGGAUGGCAGCACGGCGGCGGUUUUGACUUUAUGUUUGGGACAUUUGGUGAUAUCGCCGUGGACGAACAGGCAAACCACGAAGCAGCCGAGUUCAUCAAGCGGAAGAUCAGAGCGAUCGUCAAGGAUCCUGUCAAGGCAGAGAAGCUUAUUCCAAAUCAGCUCUACGCGAGAAGACCCCUCUGCACGACCAACUACUACGAGAAGUUCAACCGUGAGAACGUGGACAUUGUCAACACCACAGAGACGCCCAUCACGGCCAUCACCGAGACCGGCAUCGAGACAACAGACGGAGCAUACGAUCUGGACGUGAUAGUCUGCGCCACCGGCUUCGAUGGUGUAGAGGGGACGUACAACGUUCUCCCCAUCACCGGCCGGAAGGAAACACUCAAGAAGCACUGGGAGAAGCGGGCAACCGCCUAUCUCGGUAUUUCCGUCGUCGACUUUCCCAAUUUCUUCAUGGUCACGGGGCCGUAUUCCCCAUUUGCCAACAUCCCCCCAAUCCUUGAAGAGCAGAUCAAUUUUAUAUCAACUCUUAUUUCCCGUGCCACGGGACUGAAGAUAGGGGAUGGCUUGAGCCCGGUGGUGGAAGUCAAACCCUCUGCGGAAGAGGAAUGGACGGACAUGUGCGAGGAGAUGAGCUCAAAGACACUCUUUGAUAAGACUUCGUCGUGGCUUACAGGAGAUAACAUCGCAGGAAAGAGACACGGGAUUCCAUUCUAUCUGGGUGGAGUGAAGGGGUAUCGCAAGAUCUUGGCUGAUGUUGUUGACGAUGGAUACAAGGGAUACAAGCCACUGGGACAGACAACAUGCAACUGCAACAAAGAGCUGUAG